GAAAAUCAUCAAAACAAUAGUGGUUUUACUGAUGAAACGCGGGCGAUGGAGCUCAAUUGGUGCAGGAACGCUAGCCAAAUCCGAGCGAAAAGUGUUAGAAUUCAUAAAAAGCAAAGUGCACGACGUAAUAGCAAGGUAUCAAAUUAAGUACGGAACGCAAUUAGCUGAUACAAUAAGAACCAAAUCGAUAAAUUCUCUCAAAUAGAAAAAUCUCAUCAAAGAAGUUGUUAAUGUCAAAAACAAGAAGACUAAACACUCCAUGGGUAUAGAAUUCGAGCCUGCAGAAGAACUAACUAGAGGACAAUGGUACACAAAUGGAGAGCUUGAUGUGCAAUUUAUCAAAAGAUUGAGAGAAAUUUGUUUGAUGUUAAUUAAGAAAAGAUUAGCUUCAGCAGAACAAAUAGCAGAUAGUGUUAACAAGAUUGGAGCUGUGUCAGUGAGUAGUAAUGGAGAAGUGUGUUACAAGGUUUCACUUCCAAAAUUGUCCAAAUUGAAUCCAUUUUCUUCAAUUCCUUGUGGGGUUUGUCUCCAGCUUAGAAAUUGCAGUCUUGAUGGUAUCGUCUCUCCAACUACUAACUGUCUGUUUGAAUGUUAUUAUUUAUAUAUAUAAAUUAAUUAAAUUUCAUUAAUUAAUAAUAAUAGCUUUCUUAUCCCGUGGGCUUAAGAUAUUCUCUUCUGAACA